AAAGCUUGUGGUGACAGCUUGUGAAGGUGUUUAUUUACAACCUGCGUGAAAACUGGAAAAGUUUUGUGUAAAGUUUGGUUUUUUGGAAAAAACACGAUGCGAAGUCCAGAAAAUUGAAAUUUUGGCUUCGGGAGUACGAUCAACGGAAUUAUCAGUAUUAAUUGAGCGAACAGCUCUUCUCUGACAAGAUGUACGGCUGUCCACAUUGCUACAGGAUAGUUAAGAACAAACCGGCCUUUGAAAAGCAUGUGAAUGCUUGCAAGAAGAAGAAAUAUUCGUGCGAGCUGUGUGAAUUCAGAUCCAAUGAGUUGAACCUUUUGGACAAACAUAAGGAAGCCCGUCAUCCGAAGGAGUACAACCAGGAAGAAAAUGAAGUUGCUAAAGCGGAAGCCAUGGAUACCGUGGAAGGCGAGGAGGAUAAAACGGAUUUGAAAACGGAAAUUUCAGUGGAAGAAUCAAAGGUAAACUCACCGGUUCGCGAAGAUCAUCUUGAUACAAAAACCGAAAGCGAUGGAUCCUGUGAACUUCCUGAUUCGAAAGUUGUGACUAUUAAUAUGGAGUUCACAGCAGAAGAAACAAAACUAUCAAAACUGACCGACAAGCGGCUAGUUGUUUUGUUGGACAACAGCUUGGGCGAAGCUUUUCGCAAAGGGUUGGCUAAUAACGAAAACAGAAGGCUCCAUGAUGAUGCCUCAGUAACGGAAGCAUCAACCCCUGAAACAAGUUCGCCGUCAGAACUCAUCCCUACAGGAAUCUCGUCCAACCAAGAAUCUGAGGAAAUGGACGUAAAUAUGUCUUCAAGUGAGACAAACAUCCCCGAAGUAAAAAUCAAGAACGAGCCCAUCAUUUCUGACGAACUUCUUGGUGGCUCUGAAAACGGCAAUGAUCAAGAUGCUCAGCCGCUCGACAAUGACCAUACAUCUGCCGAAGUUGACGAAGUUGCAGAAGCAGAUGCAGACGUGCAAAACCAGGACAAGCCUUUCCCAUGUCCAUUUUGCGAACGCGCAUUUCAUUCGAUGCCUGCAAGGAAGCAUCAUAGAGUAACAGUCCACAGAGACCAGUAUGAAUGUGCGCAUUGUGCAAGGAAAUAUCCUUACAAAUGCAGAUUGCUGAAGCAUUUAAAAGUUCACUUCGAAUCGCUACAAUCGGAUUCAGAUAAGAAGACCAAAAAAAGCUCUAAAAAGCCAGUAACUCCUGCAGUUCAAAUCAAAUGUCCCCAUUGCUUCCGACCUUUCCUAGAAGGUAAAAACUAUGAUCACCACAUCUAUCAUUGCGGUCCGAGAGAUUGCGAUAUUUGCGACCGGAAAUUUUCCAGAUAUCAUCAACUCACCUACCACGUGAAAAAGUUUCACAGAGAAUUGAAGCUCCGUUGUCCACAUUGUCCCAAGAUAUUCAUCGACAAAUCCGAUUUGACACGACAUGCAACCUCUUGUGCAAAGCGCAAAUACAGAUGUGAAAUUUGCGGCAUAAAGUUUAAAGACUCUUCCAGCAAACAACAUCAUAAAUCUACACGGCAUAGAGCUGAAAGCGCUUCCGAAUCUACCAGGCCAAGAGCUGCAAAAUUGUUACUCGAAGAUACCAACAUUGACAUCAAAACGGAAAUUGUUCUGGAGGACACUACACUGCAGCCACCGGACGGUCCCCAAACCAUCAGGAAAGGUCCAAACCGAUGCUUCCCCUGUCCAAUUUGUAAGAAAGUGUAUGCCUCCCAGUCAGCUAUGCAAUCCCAUAAGCACGUUCAUAUGCUACCUCGCUUCAAAUGCCCAGAAUGCGACGAGUGGUUCCACAUAAGAAGUUUACUGCUGAAACAUAGGAGAACUCAUCACAGGAAUAUACCGCUAAAGGCCACAGAUCCAACAGCAAAUGAGCCGCAAAAAUGCCCCAUUUGUGAAGUCGAAUUUCCUAACCUGUACAGACUUAACGAUCAUGUUAAAAUAGUUCACACAGAGCGGCGCUUCAAAUGCACCCUCUGUCCGAAAGGUUUUAACCAAAAAAAGCCGUAUUUGCGCCAUUUACAGUUCCACGAAAAGGAACAACAACUGGAGUCGCAGAUAGAUCCUGCAAAAAUCAGGCUGUGCACGGUUUGUAGUCUUCCGUUUUCCAGCAUUGAACGGCGACGACGUCAUAUGCUUACCGUGCACGGCGAGCCGCAAUUCCCAUGUGCUAAAUGUGACCGGCCAUUUUACUUUAAAUCCGAACUGAAGCGCCACGAAUUGAUUCACCUGAAGCACGAAUUGGGCUAUUUGCCUCCUCAGGAGAAGAAACCAUUGGACCCAAUGCGAUCAGUGACGUGCUAUCAAUGCAACCGCCAGUUUCCUAAUAGAAAAAUCAGACACCAUCAUACGCUGACUGCCCACGGAGAACCGAAGUACAAAUGUGCCAGCUGUCCUAAACGGUUCUUUUACUCAUUUGCUCUCUCGCGCCACCAAAAAGUUCACGAACGAGUGAAGAAGUUUGAGAAGUGUAAGAUUUGUGCAGAGCAAUUUAAUUCAAAGGUGAAAAAGUGGUACCACAUGAUGGAAGUUCACAAAGUUGCACGAUAUCGGUGUACGGAAUGCCCGGAAAUCUUCGUCUAUGCUAUCAAAAUGAGACGUCAUCUACAAUCCCACCAUGGAAAGCAAAUGGUCCGUUCGCAAUACAGAAGGCGGAUCAUUACAGAUGAGAGUCCGAAGGUGGACGAUUCGCUGCAUACAGAACAAACGGAAUCACGUUUCCAAUGUACAUAUUGCCCGAAAACGUUUUGCCACAAUCGUUCUCGCCUGCAUCAUGAGAGAUCGGUGCACGGGGUGGGAUCCAAUCGAUCCAUUGAUCCACAUGCAAAGCAGCAUGCAGAACCAGCUUUUCCAUGUUCACAUUGCCCGAAAAAGUUUUCUCACAAUCGUAGUCGCCUGCAUCAUGAGAGAAAGGUUCACAACGCAGGGCCAUCAACUCCCCGAGAAUCGAACAACACAUCGCCUACUGCUGAUAGUGAACCACCACCACCCAGCACAUCGCCAACUGAUGUUGCCGAACCAUCGGAAUCAAGUGCAGAGCCAUCGAAAUCGUAUGAAUGUUCGUACUGCCAAAAACCGUUUUUCCGCAAACAUUCUCUCCAACGCCAUGAAAGCACAGUGCACAGGGCAUCUCGAAUCGAGCAACCCAACGUAUCAGCAACUCCCGCAAAACAGAACAGUGAACAACCAAUCGAAGAAACUUCGAAUACACCAAGUUCAAAGCCACCGGAAACAUCUUUCCAAUGUUCGCUUUGCCCCAAAAUGUUCUCCCACAAGCAUUAUCUUCAACGCCAUGAAGUAGCGAUGCACAAUGCACCACCACCACCAAUCAUUGAUCAAGACUCGACCAACGCAUCGGCAACUUCCACAGAGGAGAGCAGCUCCCAACCUACGGGAAAAGACUCGACUACAUCAAGUACUACGCCAGUGCAAUCCUCGUAUAAAUGUUCACGUUGUCCGAAAAUGUUUUCCCAUCAACAUUAUCUCCUUCGUCAUGAGCAGUUGAUGCACGGAGUGCCACCAGCAGCAAUUGGUGCAGAAUCGAUCGCCGCAUCCCCAGCUGGAAGUGAGCCACGCAGCGUUUCAGUAGCUUCUAACGAAGAAAGUAGCGUGCAGCUGGCUGGAAAAACUCCGGUUCCACCAAGUCCACAGCAAGCGCCUUCAUCGUUUCCAUGCUCGAUUUGUCCGAAAGCGUUUACCUUUAAGCACAAUCUUGAUCGGCAUGUAAAAACCAUACAUGGUGAACCACAACUUCUUCCGGAACCUCUAAUCGCACCAUCAACGCUAAAUACAAAGCCAGCGGAAACACUGUUUCGGUGUUCACUUUGCCCAAAAAUGUUUUCCCACGAACAUUAUCUCCAACGUCAUGCCAAUUUAGUGCACGGGGGUGCACCAAUUAUUGGCCAAGAACCGGCGGCAUUGGCAUCACCAGCUGGUAGUGAACCCUCCAGCGCACCACCAGCAACCGGAGGAAACCCGAUCGAACCGAGUACGAAGUCAGUGGAAUCUCUGUUUCACUGUUCACUUUGUCCAAAAAUGUUUUCCCAUGAACAUUUUCUCCUACGUCAUACGCAAGUGAUGCACAAUGCAUCACCAAUUGGCCAAGAAUCGAACAACGCGUCGGCAACUAGUAGUGAGCCACCCGUCGCAUCAGCAGCUAUCAAAAAAGAGAGCGACGCACGACCAAUUGUAGAAAUCCCGAUUGAAUCAAUGCCAGCAAAGACAACGUUCAAAUGUUCACGUUGUCCAAAAAUGUUCUCCGGUGAACAUUUUCUCCUGCGUCAUGAGCAACUGGUACAUAAUGCAAUAUCAAUCAAGCAAGAGCCGACCAGCCCAUCAGCAACUAGUAGCGAACUACCAAGUACUCCAAGAGGUUUUACAGAAGAGAACAAUGCCCAAUCAACUGGAGAAUCAUCGAUUGACCCAAGUCCAAAAUCAUCGGAUUUAACAUACCAAUGUUCAAUUUGCCAAAAAUUGUUCUGCCGCAAAUAUUCUCUCCAACGUCAUGAAAGUACGGUACACAGAACACCACAAACACUUACAGAAGAGAACACUGCAGUUCGAAUCAAAAUCGAACCUGGCAUCGCAUCACCUCUUACUGCUGGUGAAAACCCGACAACACCAAGUGCGCCACCAGUUCGUCAACAAUCAAGGAGCGCAACGCCAUCUGGUAGUGAACCCCGCAGCGUAUCAGCAACUUCUGCAACAGAACAGACCAGUGCUCAACCAGAUGACGAUGAGUUACAGAACGCAUCACUGACUGGUGAAGAAUCGGCACAGUCUAAAGUACUGAGGCCUCACAUCUGUAAGGAUUGCGGUGAACAGUUCUCCACUAGCAGAGAGAACUACUAUCACAUGGUGGAGAAACAUCGGGACUCGCUGUUCCAGUGUCCCGAAUGUCCAAGUGCGUUCAUUCUCCAACAAAGUCUUGACCGUCACAAACAAACGCAUAAGAAACGACCGGUGGCAGACGCCGAGGAGACAUGCUCGAAAUGUGGACUGGAGUUUUCCAGUAAAGAGGAAAAGUUGAAGCAUAUGACGGACGAGCACGGAGAAAAUUUGUUCAAAUGUUCUCGAUGCCCGAAAGUAUUUUCCCACAAGAACAGUCUGGUACGUCAUGAGAAACUUCCACAUAGCGAACAGGAUUAUCUGGCAAACUCCAUAGAUCCUACGAUAUGCUCGAAAUGUGGACAGGAUUUUCCCAGUAAAGAGGAAAAGUUGAAGCAUAUGACGAAGGAGCACGAAGAAAAUUUGUUCAAAUGUUCUCAAUGCCCGAAAAUAUUUUUCCACAAGAACAGUCUGGUACGUCAUGAGAAACUUCCACAUAGCGAACAGGAUUAUCUGGCGAACUCCAUAGAUCCCACGCUGAAAAUUAAGGAAGAACCUAAAGAAACUGAUGAAGAACGAAGCGAAGAGAUUAAGAACGCCGAUGAGGAUAAAAUGGAUGAAAAUGAAACCAAUGAAAAUAAGGUUGAUGAAAACAAAGCUAAAGUAGACGAAAGUAAAAGUGAAGAUAUCAAAACCGAUGGAGCCAACGAUGAUGCGAAAAUGGCAAUCAAAACUGAAGCUAUGGACGUUUCGGUAAACCUUCCGGAUCCCACAGAUUCGACGCUGUCCUCCGAAGGAAAUAAAACAGAAGUUCAGGCGGAUAUAACUGAACCUGUUGAAAAACGAUGUGAAGAGACUAAAGCCGAUCAAAGUGAAACCAAGGAAAAUAAGGUUGAUGAGAACGAAGCAAAAGUAGAUGAAAGUAAAAGUGAACACAUCGAAACGGUUGAAGCCAAUAUUGACGAGAAAAUGGCUAUCAAAACCGAAGAAAUGCAGAUUUCGGACACUAUUCCAGAAGAAAAUGUAACUGAAGACAGCAAAGUUGAUGGCACCAAACCCGAUGAGAGCUUGACAGAGACAAAAGCUGAUGAAAUGGACAUUUCCGAAGUCACAGAUUCAGCGGAAGUUCAGAUGGAUGCAGACGAGGAGUCAUCGUUUCAAAAUGAGGAACCUUCCAGCGAGCAAGACGCGGAACGUUUGAAAGCUUCAAGCAUGAAGUCGUGUAACAUUUGCGGUCAUCAUUUUUAUACAAUCGGCAAAAGGGAGCACCAUAUGUUGACAGCUCAUUCGGAACCCAAGUUCCAUUGCCCUAUGUGUUCGAAGCCGUUCUUUUACAGUUAUCAUCUGUCUCGUCAUCUAAGAAGCCAUAAAAAUAAAACGAUCCCGCCUGAUGGAAAGAAAGUGUUGAGCAUUAAACGUAAACAUAUAAGGAAGGAUGCAAAUAGUAGCAAAACUGAUGCAAACACAGCAGAUGAAAAAGAAACUGAUGAAAGCAAAAAUGAAUCGGUGGAAAUCGAAGAUGGUGAAACGGAAGCAGAUGUGAGCAGAAAUGAGGCAAAUAAAGAGGAUAAUGAAGCAAAUGAAAAGGGAAUGGAGGAAGGCAACACUACCGGAUCAAGCGCCAACAGCAGUUUAUUGCAUUCGCAUCCGUGCACCAUAUGCGGUCGCCAGUUUGAUACAGUCGGCAAAAAGGAGCACCAUAUGUUGACAACCCAUACCAAACCGAAGUUCCAUUGCCCCAUGUGUUCGAAGCCGUUCUUCUACCGGAAUCAUCUAAGGCGUCAUCUAAAAAGCCACGAAAAUCAAACGGUCCCGCCGGAGGGAAAGAAAGUCAGCAAUAGCAAUAAGCGUAAACUUGAAAGCGCCGACGAAAAUAAAAGUAAACUCGUUAAAACUGACUCGAUCACAGCCAAUGAGAACAAAAAUGACGAAAGCAAAACUGAUGGAAAUAAGGUUGACGGCUCUGUGUCAAUUAACUACGUUGGAAGGAAAGCAGCUAAUGGAACCGCGAAUGAAAAGAGAAUGGAGGAAAACAAAACAACUGGAUCAAGUGCAUACGAAACGUCGCAUUUGCAGCCGUGUAGCAUUUGUGGUUACGUUUUGAAAACACCAAGUCAAAAGAGUCAUCAUAUGGUGGUAGCCCACUCAGAGCCUGCAUUCGUGUGCACCGUUUGUACGAAACCAUUUUUCUACAUUCAUCAUCUGGAGCGUCAUCUGGCAAAUCACCGGAAAAAUGGAACGGAUCGUGGCAACGCUGCUGGACUGAACAACGACGAAAGUGAAACUAAGGAAAAUAAAGCUAACAACGUCGAAAGGGGAGUUGAACAUACUGCUGUUGAGUGCAAAAAGAACGACUUCGAAGCAGAUGCAUCGCAAUUGCAGUUCCAUUCACCAAUUGUGCAAACCUGCGUGCAUUGUGGUCUCCAGUUUAACACCAGUAGAGAAAACUACUAUCACAUGGUGGAGAGCCACAGGGAAUAUCUGUUCCAGUGUUCACUAUGUCCGAGCGCGUUCUAUCUCGAACAAAGUCUCAUACAACACAAAAGAACUCACCGGAAGAAUAAAUCAGCAGCUAUUAAAAAGAUACCGCCGGAAACAAAGAAGGAAGUCAUUACAUUCAAAUGUUCUCAAUGUCCUAAAUCAUUCGAUUCUAUGGAAAAUCUCCGUAAGCACGAAACACGUCAUCAAAUAGCGAAAGUACAGGCGGUCGUCGAAACUCUCAGAAUGGCAACAAUUCCUCCGCAGGAAACAAAGAAGGAAGUACCUACAUUCAAAUGCGGUGAAUGUCCUAAAGCAUUCAAUUCUAAGGAAAAUCGCCGCAAACAUGAGAAACGCCAUGAAUUAGCGAAAGAAAGAGCGAUCCUCGAAAGUCAGGGAAAGGAAACAAAGCUUGCACCAUUUCAAUGUUCUGAGUGUCCUAAAACAUUCGGCACUAAGGACAAUCGCCGCAAGCAUGAGAAACGCCAUCAAGCAGCGAGAGAUAUGGCCGCAACUCUUAAAAGUACACCAGUGGAUAGAAGUCGCCCUCCGGAAACGAAAGGCAGAUAUAAGUGUGAAAGAUGUGGCCUCGGGUUUCCCACUCCGAGAAGAAAGCGUUACCACAUAAUUGUGGCACACGGCGAUCCGCUACAUAAAUGUGCAUACUGCCCCAAAGUGUUUUAUUUCAAAACAUGUUUGAAUCGCCAUCAUCUAACUCAUACGCAGAAAACCGAUGGUUGAAAGGUAAGCAUUUAAAUGUAUUUAGAAUUUUACUGAUUAAAAGAAAAAUACACUGUAGACAAAAUACGAAUCGCUUUGGAUUGCAAUAAAACAAAUUUAAAGAAAAAAUCUA